AUGCUUUUAACCAUGGAGAACCAACAAGAAACAAAUAAUAUUAUUAAUAACAAUAACAAUAACAAUAAUAAUAAUAAUAAUAAUAAUAAUAAUAAUAAUAAUAACACCAACAAUAAUAGUAAUAGUAUUAAAUCUGAUGGUAUUAACAAUAUAGAUAACAUUAUAAAUAAUAUGGGAAGUAUUAAUGGUGAACAUACAAAGAGUGAUAUCAUUAUAAAGCAUGAUACUGGUGGCGGUGGUAGUGGUAGUGGUGGCGGUGGUGGUGAUGAAGAAUCCUCUUCAAACUUUUUUACACAUAAUUUAUUAAAAGAUGAUUCAGCAAUUACAACCAAUAAAAAUGAUAUCAAUAGUUCUUCAAAUACAAAUACACUUGAUAAUAGUGGUAAUAGUACAACAAAUAAUAGUGAUAAUUCAAAUGACGAACCAUUAGAAAACUGUAUUCAAGAAAUAAAUCUAUCACAACAACCACAACCACAACCACAACAACAACAACAAAUACAACAAGAUAAUAACAAUACUACUAAUAACACUAAUAAUAAAAAAGAUAAACAUUCAACCUCAAUGCCAAAUUGCACGUCACCAAUUUUAGAGGCAGUCAAUAAUAUCGAAGAUAAUAAUGAAAAUGAUGGAUCAUUUAAAAUUAGAUCAACAUCUUUUCAAGAUAGUUUAUUCACUUGUUCAAGAAUAAUGAAUAAAGAAGAUGAUGAAGAAAAUAAUAAUAAUAAUAAUAAUGAAAAAGAACUAUCAUGUAAAAAUAACAAUAGGGAAUUAAUAGAAAAUAAUGAAGAAAUUAUUGAAAAUACUAAUAACAAUAGUAAUAAUAAUAAUAAUGAAAAUAAUGAAAAUAAAGAAAUAUUAAUUGAAAAUAAUAGUAAUAAAAUAAAUGGUAAUUUUAAAGGUAUAAAUGAAAGUGGUGAAUCAAUACCAAUUGUAAUGAUAACAUCAUCAUCUUCACCAGAUGGAAUACCACCACCUUCAUUAGCAUCAUCAUCAUCAUCAUCACAAUCUCAUCCACAAUCACCAAGAAGCGUUUCAGUACCAUUAAUUAGAACAAGAGUUAAUAGACAACAACAAUCAACAAGACAAAGACCACCAGGAGCAUUUGAAAGACCAUUAUUACAUGCAGUAUUAUUACAAGAGGAAAUUAAGAAUUUAAUAAGUUAUGAUGAUGUAAAUUCAAGAGAUUUCGAUGGAAAUAGUAUUCUACAUAGAGUAUCAAUCAUUGGUAACUCGGUUGCCAUUAAACAUAUCAUUUUAAGGGGUGGUAGAGUUAAUGCAGUCAAUAAUUUGGGUUUAACACCAUUGCAUUAUGCAGCAUGUGCAAAUGUACCAAGUGUUGAAAUUUUAUUAUACUAUGGUUCACAAGCGAAUGCAAAGGAUAACAAUUGUGAAACACCAUUGCAUUAUGCAGCAGAUCGUGGUCAAUUAUCAAUUGUAUCGAUCCUUUUAUCACGUGGUUGUAAAGCUAGUUUAGCCAAUAAAUCAAUGGGUAGGAAUCCAUUACAUUUAGCAUCGAUCAAAGGUUAUUCUCAAAUUUUAAGAUCACUAUUGGAAUAUAAAAUCAACAUAAAUUCAGUUGAUAAAAGUGGUUGCACACCAUUACAUUUAUCAGUUUUCUUUAGUCCAAUUAUAAACAACAACAACAACAGCAGUAAUAGCAUCGGUGGUGGUAACAAUGGACCAUCACCAUUAUAUAGUACUCAAGAGAUUAACAGUUGUGUCGAUCAAUAUUUAACAUGUUGUGAAAUUCUAUUACAACGUGGUUGUAAUAUUUAUUCUCAAGAUGUUGAUGGUUCAACCGCAUUACAUUUAGCUUCACAACAUGGUAAGAAAAAUUUUAUAGAAGUAAUCCUCUUUUAUGCAAAUAAAUUAAAAUCACCAUCUUUAUCUUCAAUUUCAAAUGGUAAAUCAAUUAGUAAAUCUGAUUGUUUAAAAUCUGAAUUAGUUUUAUAUAUUCCUGAUAAUAAAGGUAGGUUACCAUUACAUGUUGCAGCAAUUUCAGGUCACACAAAAUCAUUACCAAUUUUAGUUGGAACCAAUAGAAAAGCAGCAUUUAUAAGGGAUGAAAUGGGUAUGACUGCUUUAUGUUUAGCUUCAUUAUUUGGUCAUUUUGAUUGUGUACAGGUUUUAAGUAGAGAAAAAAGACCAUAUAAUUUUAAAUUUAAAUAUUUUGAUAAUGAUAAUGAUAAUAAUAGUAAUAGUAAUAAUAAUAAUAAUAAUAAUUCAAAUAAUGAGGUUUUUGAUAUAAAAACACCAUUUGAUCCAUUGGGUAAUGAUUUUAAAUUAAUGUUGGAUGGUCAAUAUUGUGAUUGUGUAUUUAUUGUAGAAGGUAGAGAAAUUUAUGCACAUACUGUACUAUUAAGACAAUUUAAAGUAUUCCGUGAAAUGAUAAAUUUAUUUAAAUUACCAUAUGGUCAUAGUAAUUCAUAUAUAAAUAAUAAUAGUAGUAGUAAUAAUAAUAAUAAUAAUACCUAUAGUACUAGUAGUAAUGGUGCAUCAUCUUAUUGCUACACAAGUGUAAUUCAAGUACCACCAACAUCAUCUUCAAAUGUUUUAAGUAUUCAGCAGCAACAAACAACACCACAACCACAACAACAUUAUCAACAAUAUUUGUCAAGUUUCCCAGCAAAUUCAUUGGUUUCAGAUUAUUAUAAUAAUGAAAACAUUACAACAAGUAGUAGUUUCAAUGAUGAUGAUUGUAGUGAACAAUCCUCACAAAUUGGUAUUGGUGGUGGUGUUAGAAAUAUUGAUAAAAGUGGUGGAGGUGCUGGUGGAUUAUUAACAGCGGUGAAAAGUAGAUCUAGAGUUGGUAGUGUAAUGAAUUCACAUACAUUAACUAGAAUUCCAAUUGAAAAGAGUGUUAGUUAUGAUAUGUUGAAAGCUGUUUUACAUUUUACAUACACUAGUGAGAUUCCAAGGGAAUUAUUAUCAAAUCCAAAUAAAUUCUCAGAGUUUAUUGACCUUUGUACCAUUUAUAACAUUGAUGCAAUUUCAGAAGUUAAUCAAAAUCGUCCAAGAUAUGGUACAUUGGAUAUGGCAAGUUAUUUAUAUAGACAGGUAGGAUCAAGUAUUGCAGCUGAUAUCAUUUUCAUUUGUGAAUCUGGUUAUGCAAUUAAUGCUCACAGUGUGGUUUUAGCAGCACGUUGUCAAUAUUUUAAAAAUCAUUUUGAAAUUCACCAUCAAACACCUUCUAAAUCAACCAUCCCAAUAUUUCCAACUACAACCUCAACUACAACAGCUACAACUUCUACUUCAACCACAACUACAACAGCUGUAGCAAAUACGACUACAACCACUACUACAACUACAACCACUACAACUACAAUGAAUGGUAAUUCAUCAUUACAAAGUAAUGGUGGUAAUGUUAAUGGUGGUGUUGGUGGUGGUGGUAGUGGUGGUGGUGGUGGCUUUAGUUUAUUCAAUGUUGAAAAUACACCAAGAAAAUUAUCAUGUGCUUCAUCACCUGGUUUUGGUAGUGAUAUUGGAUUAAAUUAUGUUUGGACAAUCGAUGUUAGUGAUGUUAAUCAUAAGGUUUUAACAGCACUAUUGGAGUUUCUUUAUUGUGGUAGUAUAGUUUAUGCCAAUCCAUAUCAACCACCAUCAACUGCCGUUUCAAAUACAUUGGGUAGUGGAGUUUUCACACCAUCAGAAGUAUUCAAAUUUAGAAAUAGUGGUAAUGAUCAAUUGGAUGUUUUAGAUAUACUCACAUUGGCAAGAUUAGCAAAUACAUUGUCAUUAAAGGUUUUACAACAAUAUUGUGGUGUUUUAUUAUAUCAUAUCAUCGAUUGUUCAAAAGUGAUCACUAUCAUUAAAACAAUCUUUGAGUUGAAUACACUACAAAUGAAGAGUCAAUGGCUAUCAACAAACACUACCAACAAUAACAAUUGUGGCGGUAUUGGUGGAAUCGAAGAGAUUUGGUCAGUAUGUUUGGCUUGGUUAUCUCGUAAACAAAAUUGGUUAGACUUAACAAAGAACGAGAUCUAUUGUAAACAAUUCUCUCCAAAAUUCACAAAGGAGCUAAAAAAAGAAAGAGAUGAUAAGAAAAAGAGAUUAGAAAAACAAGAAAAACAAAGAAAGAAAAGAGAAACUUCAGAUCUUAAGAAACAACAACAACAACAAUCCAAUCAAACUUUAAAUCAAACUAAUCAACAUCAAUUAAAUCAUAAUAAUUAUGGUGGUUCAUCUUUAAAUCUAUCUUAUUCUGGUAAUUCACAACAACAACUACUUCAACAACAACAGUAUCAACAACAACAGCAACAACAACAACAACAGCAACAACAACAGCAACAACAACAACAACAACAACAGAAUUCACCACCAAUUAAUUCUGUUAAAAAUAAUAUGAAUUCAAUGACAACGAAUCAUACAUUCAAUAGAUCAGCAACAACUCCCCAAUUGAAUACACCACCUCCAUCUUCACCAAGUAGUCCAGUUAUAAAUAGUAGUAGUAGAUUGACUGUUAGUAAUUGUAGUAAUGGUGGAGCUUCUCCAAUGUUUUCAAAUUCAAUUUCAAAUUCUCAACCAAUGGCAUCACCUUAUCCAACAAAUAAGCAACAAGGUGACGAAGCUGAUGAUGAUGGUGAUGGUGAUGAUAAUGAUGAUGACGAAUCAAAGAAAAAUAUUCAAAAACAAACUGGUGAAGGAUAUGAAGACGAUGACGAUGAUGAUGAUAAUAUUUAUGGUAAUGACGACGAUGAUGAUGAAAUUAAUAAUAAUAAUAAUAAUAAUAGUAAAAAUAUUGUAAAUAGUAAUAUAGAUGAUAACAGUAGUAGUAGUAAUAAUAAUAAUAAUAAUAAUACCCAUGACAUGGACUUUAAUAGUAAUAAUGUAAAUAAUGAUAAUUUUACUCAACUUAAUUUACAAAAACAAAAAAAAUCCUUUUGGUCAUUCACAAAAAAAUCAUUAAAGGCUAAUAAAUAG